AACUGUCAAGUCGAUAUAGCAGGGAUUCACUGGCGUUGGAACCGGUGCCGACUGGCUUGUGGCUACCUACCUAUUGUGUCUGAGCCCGGCUGCUGCGGAAGGCAAUCUUUUCAUCACUCCAUUCUUAACCAGGACAAACAAAAAAGCCAGCGAGAAGACACCCGCACCAACACAACACACAACUCCCAAAAGCGACCUCAAGCCACCAAAAAACCGCCAACCAUGCCCGGCCCUCUACUCCCGACAUACCUCGCCACAGAGCCGCUACUAAAGCGGCCUGAGCCGGAGCCCCCGGUACCCAAAGCAACCACAGCACCACCCUCACCAACGCCACCAAGCCCCUACACGCGCCCCGUCGAGCUCGUCAUGGUCCUCGCGCAACUAGGCUCCUCGCUCUGCCUCGGCGCGGCGUUCCUCGACCUCGACGCGGGCGUGCCGCUCGCGCGUCCGAGCCCGGCCAUCCGGCCUCUGUACCACCUCUUUGACCGUGCGCCCAACAAUCCGCUUACGCCUACCGUGGCGGUCUGCUUCGCGCUCUUCAUCGCCAGCGCGUACGCGUACUGCCUCGUCUCUGCGCUUGGCGCGCUGGCGUCGCGUCCACGGAAAUUGCUGACGCUGGCGGGGAGUGCGGUCGUAGGGCUGGUGGGGGGGUUGGCUGUGGGGUUGACGCUGCUGGAGGCGGCGUUUCUGGUUGUGCCGGUUUGUGUGAGUGCCGGGUUGGGCGUGGUGUGGUGUUUUGCGGAUGUGGGAAGGGGGGAUGAAAGUGAGGAUGAGGGGGUGGGGAUGGUGGAGAUGAGCUGGGUGGAGGAAAAGGUUUAGUGGUGUUGCGUCGUUGGUGCCUGUUUAGAUGUUUAAAUUGAGGGAGGGCUUUUGUGUGCGGUUUCAGUGCGUGGUUGUGGUUGAUGGGAAAUCUUCUCGGCUAUUGUAUUUAGUUAUGUAUUUACUACUUUCUUUAAAUUCUCUUGUGGUUUCCUACUCUAUAGUCUAGAAUGAACUUCAUAGCUUUUGUACUUUUAACUGCUAGUGACAG